AUGCGAUUAAAAUCAUCAGUUCAGCUUUCGCUGGCCGCACUACUCUCCGUCUCCGCAUCGGUUACAGCAACACAGAGCAAUUAUUCCAGUGCCACCGAUCUUGACUCUACGCUGUUCUCCUCCUUCCUCGACCGUCCCAAGGACUGUCCGCCGUGCUUCAACUGCCAGCUAGAAGCCUUUCAAUGCAACCAGUUUGCUCCCUGCGAUAAAUUUACUGGGAAAUGCGUCUGUCCACCCGGUUUCGGUGGCGAUGACUGCUCGCAACCACUCUGUGGUUCGCUGGCGGACGGUCAUCAAAGAGCUCCUCGGGAGGAUAAGUAUUGCUCCUGCGAGGACGGCUGGCAUGGGAUCAACUGCAACGUCUGUCAAUCGGACAAUGCAUGCAACGCGAUGAUGCCGGAAGGCGAAGGGGGGGUUUGUUAUAAACAAGGGGUCACGGUUAAGGAAAACUUCCAGAUGUGUGAGGUGACAAACCGUAAGAUUCUCGAUCAACUCAAGGAGCGGAAGCCCCAGGUGACGUUCACUUGCGAGGCUGAAGAUAGUACUUGCAACUUCCAGUUCUGGGUGGACCAAAAGGAGUCGUUCUACUGCGGCUUGGAUACGUGUGACUGGGACCUGGAAACGACCCACAAUCAGAACCGCACGAACUAUCGGUGCGAAAAUAUUCGCUGCAAGUGCAUUCCGGGGCGUAUGCUCUGUGGUGAAGAGGGCUCUAUUGAUAUCGGAGAUUUCCUCAAGGAAUCUAUCCAAGGUCCCGCGUCCUUUUCGACAGUGACUACCGAAGGAGGAAGCGCAGAGGAUGGCAGCAAGUUCCAGGAGCCAGCGAUGAAUGACUUAAUCAAGAGUGUGUUUGGAGAUGAAAGCAUCACUCUCAAGUGUGACUCGGGUGAAUGCUUGUACAAAACCGACGUCCCUGGUUAUACCCGCCCUGUCAAGCAAAUCAACACCCCUCUUAUUGCGGGGGUGAUCGCUGGCUGCGCCCUUUUUGUGGUCGCAGUGAUCUUGAGCGUGUGGUACUUGUCGCGCAGGUCGUACCGCGGACGCAUUCAGCUUCCUCUCUCCGAUGAAUCAGAUGACGAAGCCGCCAAGCUCCUGGCAGACCACAAGCCCGCAGCAUUGUACUGGGACAAUGUGGCGUAUUACCUAAACGGCAAGGAAAUUCUUUCUGGAAUCCAGGGUGCUGCGCAUCCUGGUCAGAUCACCGCCAUUAUGGGAGCGUCGGGUGCUGGGAAGACUACGUUCCUUGAUAUCCUGGCUCGGAAGAACAAGCGAGGCGCUGUCCGUGGGGACUUCUACGUCAACGGGGAGAAGUUGAAUGACUAUGAUUUCAGGGGUAUGAUCGGAUUCGUUGACCAGGAGAAUACGAUGCUCCCGACCUUGACGGUGCACGAAACCAUCCUGACCAGUGCAUUACUGCGCUUACCGCGGGACAUGAGCCGAGCGGCCAAAGAGCAGCGAGUGUUUGAGGUAGAGAAGCAGCUUGGCAUCUUCCACAUCAAGGACCAGCUCAUCGGCUCCGAGGAGGGCAAAGGUCGCGGGAUCUCCGGUGGUGAGAAACGCCGCGUGGGAAUUGCCUGCGAGUUGGUCACCAGCCCCAGCAUUCUCUUCCUUGAUGAACCCACCAGUGGACUGGACGCAUUUAAUGCAUUCAACGUGGUCGAGUGCUUGGUGACUCUAGCGAAAACCUACAACCGGACGGUUAUCGUCACCAUUCAUCAACCUCGGUCCAAUAUUGUCGCUCUCUUCGACCGCCUUGUUCUCCUAGCGCAGGGUAAGACCGUGUACUCGGGCCCUUUCUCGACCUGCCAGCAGUACUUUGACCUGUCUGGAUACGCUUGUCCUCCAGGCUUCAAUAUUGCGGACUACCUCGUGGACCUGACCAUGCAUGCCAGUGUUACUCGGUCUCACAAUAACGGAAUCGAGCCUUCUUUACUGGAUGUACGUACGGAACCGCCGAGGACUGCCUCGAGCAGCUUGAGGGCUGUCAAGUCAGUCGCCAGCGCGUCGAACGCAAGCAUGGAGGACAACUCUGCCAGUACUCUGGACGCAAAUCGCCAGCCAAAGAGUAAGCAACGCGUGUCACUCAAGCAACGGCAGGACAAGCAGCUCUACUCUCGCAAGAGGGAUCUGGAAGCACCGCCCACGCCCAGGACCGAUGAUGAGGAUGUCCACAUGGACGACGUAGCGGAAAACACCCAACAGUGGCUGCGUCUGUCACGUCAAGCGGGCCACGUUCCCCCGCAGAUUCUCGACGAUCCAGACCAGCUUCCACCGGCCGCCCCCGGGCAGACGGACCUAGACGUCCUGUUUGCUAAUUAUUCUGCGUCCGAUGUCGCCCGAUCCGUACACGAUGAGAUUGUGACUGCCGUGCAGACUGCCCGCGCGGCGAAUGGAUCGGCCAACUCGGAAGUUCUGUCGGAUUCCACAGCUGGGGUGUCCAGGAACUACUCUCGGAUCGGGCUGGGGCGCCAGUUCCUCAUCCUCUCGCAGCGGACGUGGCGAAACAUAUACCGGAACCCGAUGCUGAUGCUUACACAUUAUGCUAUUUCGAUCCUACUAGCAGUGCUGUGUGGGUACCUAUUCUACGGCCUGACAGACGACAUUAAGGGUUUCCAAAACCGACUGGGGCUGUUCUUCUUCAUUCUGGCCUUGUUUGGGUUCAGCACCCUCACCAGCUUGACGGUGUUCUCGGCCGAGCGACUCCUAUUUGUGCGCGAGCGGGCCAACGGGUACUAUCAUCCCAUCACCUACUUCGCCUCCAAGGUAGUGUUCGACAUCGUCCCCUUACGGAUCCUCCCUCCGAUCAUCAUGGGGAUGAUCGUGUACCCCAUGACCGGAUUGAUCCCCGCGUGGCCCGAAUUCCUCCGGUUCCUGCUGGUUCUGGUGCUCUUCAAUCUGGCGGCCGCCAACAUCUGUCUCUUUAUUGGCAUUGUCUGCCGCGAUGGCGGCGUGGCCAACCUUAUCGGCAGCCUAGUGAUGCUGUUCAGCUUGUUGUUUGCGGGGCUGUUGCUCAACCACGAUGCCAUCCCCAAGUCCGCUCUAUGGCUACAAACGUUGUCUAUCUUCCACUAUGGUUUUGAGGCCCUGAUCGUCAAUGAGGUAACGUUUUUGACGCUGAUCGAUCACAAGUAUGGGCUGGAUAUCGAGGUUCCGGGAGCGUCCAUCUUGAGUGCGUUCGGGUUCGACACCCUGGCAUUGUGGAAGGAUGUCAUCGGACUGGCUAUUAUCGCGGGGGCGUUUAUUGUGAUUGCGUACGGAGCGAUGCAUGUGCUGCUGGUGGAGAAGCGGUAA